CCCUUGUGCUAUUCUUCCUCACCUUCUCCUUCAACUAAAUCAUGCGAUUCAGAUCUUCAAUCUAUCUCAUUUUACUCAUCGGUUCGGCAAACGCGUCGACCUGGUUUGGCUCUGAACCUGAAUACGCUAAAUGGUCUCAUUCAGAGUUACGCUCCUGGCUUGAAGGCCACAACAUCAACGUCCCUUCUCAUUUUGAUCAAUCUCACCUUCAUGAUCUCGUAGCAGCAAACUGGGCUUCCCCUCCACCUCCACCUCCACCUCCAUCUUUUGCAGAACAGUCUCGUCUCUAUGCCGACGCAAGCAGGCAAUGGAACUACGACAAAUUCACUCGUGCACAGCAAUCCUUCCAGAACUUGAAGGAUAAUUCCUUCGACACAUGGGACGAGAGCAAGUUGAGAGCUUUUCUACUCGAACAUGGCGUGGUAGCCCCUUCUGGACCCCGCGAGCAGCUUGUUUUGCUUGCUAAACAAAAGUAUCGCUCUUAUACCGACGCCGCAUCAUACUACUCUUCCCUUGCAUCCGAUACUGUCACUUCAGCAUACUCCGAUGCAACUGAUACAUUAUAUCAAGCCUCUCAAAGCGCGAGCAGCCUCGUAGCUCAGGCUACCCAGGAAGUCACUCGUGCUUUCGACGACAGCAAGGAUUAUGUCUACUCAACUUGGGAUGAUAACCGCCUCAGAUCUUGGCUCGAAGAUCACGGAGUACUUGAGGCUAGAAAAGCCAGCACCCGCACUGAGCUCAUGAAACUUGCCAACGACUACUACCGCACAGCUACAGAGCCGGUAUGGAACGCCUGGAGCGACUCGUAUAUGCGCGAAUGGCUGGUGUCGCACAAUCUACUUUCCCCUUCUGAUACUGCAUCCCGCUCCACCUUGCUCGAAGAGAUGAAAAAGUACUAUUACUCUUCACCCGACAAGGUUUGGAGUGCCUGGUCAGAUAGUGAAUUGAAGUCUUGGCUCGUCAAGCACGGCCUUCUCCAGAGUGACGCACCGAAGAAGCGUGAUGAACUGUUGAAGAUGGUUGAGGAUAACUACGCCUCUGCCUCCGAUAGCGUAUGGAACGCUUGGAAAGAUUCAGAAAUUCGUCAAUGGCUCUCUGAGCAUGGACAUAUUGAUGAUAGAACUGCUGCGCAGAAAAAGCGCGACGAGCUGGUGAGCUUGAUCGACAAACAUUAUAACGACGUUUCUGCGCGCACUGCUGCAUAUCUCGUGUGGCCGGACGCUCGCUUACGCGCUUAUCUUCGUGAACGUGGUAUCAGCGAAGCCGCACUCCCCACGGAUAGGCCUGGGUUAUUGCAGGAGACUCGCAUUCGCUGGGUCCAGGCAUCAAACCGUGCUGAGACAAUGUUCACGAAACUGAAGGAGAUCGUCAACAGCAGCGUAGGCGCGGUGGAGGACAGGCUGGCCAGAAUACUCGAGCUCCUGAGCGGUCAAUCGCACGAUGCGCGAACUUACGUGGACGAUAAGAAAUGUAGCGCGUGGCAUUGGUGCUCUCAGAAGGGCGAUGAAGCGAAAGGCAAGGGUAACGAUUAUGCCGAGUGUGCCAAGAGGAAGGCACAGGAGCAGGGAUUCGACGACAAAGUAAAAGGUGCCAGCGAAAGCAUCAAAUGGGGUGGGGAGAAGGUGAAGAGCGCUGGUGAUGAGCUUUAGGCAGGAAAUCGUAAGAAGACUCGACUGUGAGUUAAGAGGAAGUACCUAGUAAUGUUGUAAUUAUUGUAUUUUUUUCCAAUUUACUGUCUCGCUUAUACUCCAGGUUGAGCGGCGAGGCGGUAC